AUGACCAUUCGACCACUUCAAAAACAUAUUUACAUUCCUUUGUCAUCGUCGGUCAUAGAGCGUUCCGGAGUUAGGAGCUGUAUUGCGGAAACUUCCAGAACAGGAUCUAUAAAUCACACAGAUCUGGAUGAAGCUUUAGGGAAAAAUAUAUUCAGCGAGAUAGACGCUUAUGCUCCGAACUUUUCCUCAUCAGUUAUCGGGUACGAAGUUCUGCCUCCACCAGAUAUUGAAAAAAUCUUUGGACUCACAGGAGGAAAUAUCUUUCACGGAUCAAUGUCGUUAGAUCAGUUGUACUUCACUCGUCCAGUCUCUCGAUAUAGCAACUAUACAACUCCAAUAAAAGGCCUAUAUCUCUGCGGAAGUGGUGCUCAUCCUGGAGGAGGUGUGACUGGUGCACCUGGAAGAUUGGCAGCUUCUAUUUUACUUCUGUACGCAGAGUACACCGUAGACAAAGCCAUAAAUGGUAACUGA